UUUGGCCACGCUUUUCCAUGUCAGUUUUCCACGGAAAGACUAUCGCGAUGGGAGUCUCGCGUUUCGAAGUCGUCCUCGACGAAGAAAUUUAUCACGGAGGUUCACCGAUAUCCGGCAAGAUCUACCUAGAUCUGGAUUCGUCCCUGAAAGUUCGAGGAAUCGAAAUCAGAUACAAGGGCGAAGGCAAUGUAAGAUGGAAGCACGAGGGUAGCGGUACACACACCUGCAAAGCCACGGAAAGUUACUUGCGAGAAAGAUCCUAUAUAUACGGCAACGGAGAAGACGAGAGUGAAAUCCCCGAGGGCAACCACGUCUUCCCGUUUAAUUGGAACCUCCCAUCGAACAUACCGUGCAGCUUCGAGAGCUUCUACGGAAAGAUUCGAUACUCGAUUAAGGCGGUGGUCGACCGCCCGUGGAAGUUCGACUACGCGAUCAAAGUGCCUUUCACAGUGGCGCCCAUUCUUGAUCUCAAUUCUAUACCCCUCGCAAGAGAACCCGUCUCCGAAGAAAAUUCCAAAGUAUUCGGUGGUUCGUCUGAGACAUUGACCAUGACCGUAUUACUUCCGGUUAGAGGUUAUGUUUCUGGACAGACAAUUCCGGUCCGUGUGAAAUUGCAGAAUCAGUCGAAAGUCGCUGUGGAGAAAGUUCAUAUUUUUCUUGAGAAGGACAUCACUUACCAUGCUGGUGAGGAUCAUAUAACCCGCAAGGAAGUUGUAGUGGAAAUGAAACUUAACGUAAUCGAAGAACAUGGUGAGGGAUUAAUUGGUAAAUUUCGUGUCCCUCCAUUACCGCCAUCCAUAAUGCCUCACAGUAGUAUAAUCGACGUAUCCUAUAAAAUAAAGGUCGAAGCACAAGUAGAAGGAUGGUUCCACAAAAAUCUCAAAGUCAAAACAGACAUUCUCAUUGGCACGAUUCCACUAUUGAGUUACGAACUUCCAAGAAGAUUGUCAAGAAGUUCCAGACAGUCGAGUAUGGCUGAAACCGUAGAAGAUAUCGAAGUCGAAGAUAGUGUCGACACUAGCGACGCGCAUCGGUCAGCGUCGAAAAUAUUCUACAGUCAUCAAGAAAGCGCGGAAACACCGGAGGAUCACGAGGAACGUGUCAGGAGCUUGGCACGACCGGCUUAUCAUAGGUGCCCGAACACAAGGGUGGCCAAAAUAGUCGAGGAGGAAUUAGGAAGGCCAAGCGAAAGCGACAGCGACGAAGAAAUAGCGUCAAGUUUUUAUCCUAGAUAUCCUGUUUACGAAUUCUUUGAUUCCCUAUUUUUGGAAGAUUCAGAGUGAGUUUACCGAACUUUUCGUUGAUCUUAGCAAACAAUAUAAAUUUGAAACAAGUGCAAAGAGUUACGCAAGAUAAAGCAUACACAGGGUUAUACAUGAAUAUCGUACCAAAUGAAGUUAGCCCGUUCAUUUGUUUUAUAUGGCGGAACGAUCUUCACGUGGUAGAAGAUUUAUUUAAUAAUCCUGUAUAUAUAAUAUUCACGGUCAUUAAGCCCAAAAGCUCCACAUGAAUACGGUUUUACCAUAAUAAUCAAAUGGGUGUGCUAAAACCGUAUGGUGAGUAGAUAUAUAUGUCUA